CCUGAUGUAUUUCAAAAUGGUUCCUUCACCGUGACCUCCUGCUGCCGGAAGCACGAAGGAAAAUUUCUGUGACAUUUACUGUGAGAACCUGGUCAAGAUCCUGGAGGCACCGCCUCCCACAACACCGGAGAUCCGGAAGGAAGUAGCUGCAAUACGAGAGAGCGGAGCCGGAAGUCCCGCCUUCCUCGAACCGUGAACGGGAUCCCAUAAGGGUCAUUCCAAGCUGGAGGGCGGAUUCACCGCCUGGAGCCCACUGGGAAUGGCGGCCCCUUCUAUGAAAGAAAGGCAGGCUUGCUGGGGAGCCCGGGAUGAGUACUGGAAGUGUUUAGAUGAGAACACAGAGGACGCUUCUCAGUGCAAGAAGUUAAGAAGCUCUUUUGAAUCGAGUUGUCCCCAACAGUGGAUAAAAUAUUUUGAUAAAAGAAGAGACUACUUAAAGUUCAAAGAAAAAUUUGAAGCAGGACAAUUCCAGCCUUCAAAACCAACUGUGAAGUCCUAGGCUAUUCCUGAACUUGUCAGAAGGGUUGAAACGAUUCUCUCUGCACCUGCAGCAGUGCUCCGCUGACCGUGGCAAUGAUGGGACUCACCAUCAGUACUUGUUCCACACGCAAAUGGUCAAGUAACAGAUUCCAUCAUUCACACUAUGAAGAGUCGAAAUGGUAUGAAGUAUGCUUCGUUUUAAUGUAGUCAGAAAUCUAUAUUUUAAGAAAAAUUAAAGCCUAUUAUAAAAACCCA